GUUGUAAAAGAAUCUGCUGAAAGCCAGACAAUGCUACGACGAAAUUUGCCUGUUCGCCUAACAGCUGCACUCCGAAGCACCCGCGUAUGCUAUCCAAAAACCUUGACGAUAAAUGCUCUUAACCAGUUCAACCGAAAUGUCAGUACACGAGCAACAUUUUCGAAACCCGCGACUACCAGGGUUAUGACUGCCGCGAUUCUGACAAGCAUGUCGUUGAGCUACCUUUAUGCUACCAAGUUAAAUGCGCUGGAACCUGAAGUGAAGGGUGAUCAAGUAUGCCAAGCUAUUGUCGACAAUGACAUCAAGCUGCUGAAGAAGCUUAUUGAAAAUCCCAAUUUUACACCCAAUUGUUAUCAUCGGUAUGGCUGGACUCCACUGCAAACUGCAGUCAUUCAAGACAACAUUCAAAUGGCCAAGAUGCUAUUGGAAGCAGGGGCAGAUCCCAAUCUGGAAGAUCAUUAUUACCCAAAGUCUCAUGAAGAAGCAAAUUUCCGUCAAGAAGAUUUUUCAUCUGAGCUGCUCCCCUAUCGAGAUUAUCGCAAAUUCACUGCGCUUCACUAUGCUUGCAUUAUACAGAACCCUGAAAUGGUCGCCUUGCUCUUAGAUCAUAUGGCCGACCCAACUGCACGAACAUCGCAAGGGUUGACACCUCGUGAAUACCUCUACUAUGUUGAAAGGUUUACUGGUGAAAAGAAUAUGAAGAUUGAAUCAGCUUUAAGAGCUAAGGAACGGUCUUAUCCUUUGGAUAAAGCUGCGCAUGACGAAGAAAUGCGUAAAGCGCAAAAGCAAAAGGAAAAGGAGUAUAGACUGAAGCAUCCAAUUGAAGAAGCAUUGAAAGCACGCAUCGUUGGCCAGUUGGGUCCGAUUCAUGCCGUCGCUAGCGCCAUUCGUCGCAAACAAAAUGGUUGGCACGAUGAGGAUCAUCCACUGGUCUUCUUGUUUUGUGGUUCAUCCGGUGUUGGUAAAACGGAACUUGUCAAAGCACUUGCAACACAUCUACACGGAAAGAAUAUAGACAAAGGAUUUAUCAGAAUCGAUAUGAGCGAGUUCCAGCAUAAGCAUGAUGUGUCGCGGUUCAUUGGGUCCCCGCCUGGAUAUGUGGGGUUUGAAGAGGGCGGACAGUUGACUGAGAAACUUAAAGACUGUAAGAA